UACCGUCCAAGUUGAGGUUUGUUUGUUUCUGGACCAUUGAAAGGCAAGUCUAGCGUUGCGGAACAUGACACAUUCACUGAGCGUGUUCACUUGAUCACUUGGCUUAAGUGUUCAAGGAAUUUAACGUUAAGAUCAACUAAAAUUACUCGGCCAUGGAAUUUCUGAAUAUUUGAUCUGUGCCAGUCUGCCCGGGGAGUCGAUCGAAAGAUUCCUCUGCUUUGUCGCCCUUGUUGUAUGUACAUAAUGUCUGUUGGCCGAUUGUAUGCGCGCUAAAAUGCUUGGAUUCUCUGGCAAGCUUGCAAGGAAAUAGGUCUUCAAAUUUUGCAACUAAGACUAACGAUGGAAGUGGAGCCAAUAAUUCUAGUGAACUUAAAGCCAAAUAAAGUCUGGUAGCAGCAACGACAAGUAGGCUUCGGAGGAGAGGCACAUUAUCAGCAAUUUUACCUCAGCCACUCCUCCCGCUGUGAGGCCCAGUAUGAGCGAGAGCGUCAAAGUCAUUGUUCGCUGUCGGCCAUUGAAUGAAAAAGAGCGCGAAAUGAAGACGCGAUUUGUCAUUGAAACAAACUCUUCACUGCAACAGUGCAGCAUAAGGAGGCCUGGUGACGACCCAAAGCUAUCAAAAACUUUUACGUUCGAUGGAGUUUACGGAAUUUCAAGCAGCACUGAGAAAAUCUACUCAGAAAUUGUUCGUCCGAUUGUGAAAGGCGUUCUUGAUGGAUACAAUGGCACGGUUUUUGUCUACGGUCAAACGUCUUGCGGAAAGACGUUUACAAUGGAAGGCAUUGAAAGUCCAUCCGCCCAAAACGGGAUCAUUCCUCGAUGCUGUGAGCACAUUUUGAGCGCCAUCCGCCAGAGGAGCUUGGAUCAGCACUCGAAAUACCUCCUACGCGUUUCAUACCUUGAAAUAUACAACGAAGAAAUCCGAGAUCUACUUGUGAAGGAUUGUAGGUACAAACCUGAAAUCAAGGAACACCCAGAUAAAGGCAUCUACGUUAAAGGUCUUUCGAGUAUUACUGUGGACAGUUACGCGGAUAUGCAGGAAAUUUUCGACUCAGGAGGAAAGAAUCGAUCUGUCGGCGCGACUGCAUUGAAUUCAGAUUCCUCUCGAUCACAUUCGAUUUUUACUGUGGAUCUUGAGGCGUGCGUUCGUUCACGCCAAGGAGAGAAUGAGAUAUAUAGAACAGGAAAACUCAACCUGGUCGAUCUGGCCGGAAGUGAACGCCAAAGUAAAUCUGGUUGUACCGGUGAACGAUUUAAGGAAUCAACCAAGAUAAACUUGUCUUUGUCUGUCCUUGGAAAUGUCAUUUCUGCGCUAGUCGAUGGCAAAUCUAAGCAUGUUCCGUAUCGCGACUCAAAGCUCACGAGGCUACUGCAAGAUUCUUUAGGAGGAAACUCCAAGACCUUAAUGGUGGCUUGCAUUAGCCCUGGGGAGAACAAUUAUGAAGAAACAUUAAGCACGCUUAGGUACGCAAAGCGUGCAAAAGACAUCAAGAACAAACCAAAGAUCAACGAAGAUCCAAAAGACACGAUCAUAAAACGAUAUCACGACGAGAUCCAGCAGCUUAAGAAAAUUAUUGCCAAGGAGAUUCCAGUUUCGAGGCAGCUAGCGACUGAGCUUAAAGAAAUCACUGAAGAAACAAGAACCAGAUCAUUAAGCUAUUGCCAGACCAUAACACAGAGACGCGAAACGAAUCAAUCAAGUCAUCUAAGUGUGAAGGAAUAUCAGUCGAGUCUUUGUGAAACACAAAGGCUUCACACGAACGCUUGUCACGAGACAACGACGUUGAAGAGAGAGCUCGAUGAACUUAAAACUCAGCUUCAGAUUCAGCAGAGGAGGCUUGAAUACGAGGCGAGGAAAACUGUCCUUGAGGAACAUAAAACCGCAUUAAUGCUACUAAGAGGCCGAAGAACCGCAGACGGAUGCAGCGAGUCCGAAAUCGGUAAAGCUUCUAGUGUAAACAAAGGUGAAAUGCAAUCUCGAGCGCACGAUUCGCCGGACGUUGUAGCAUUUAGAGAAUAUUCACCGGAAGUGUCGCCACCGGAAGUGUCGUCACGAGAAGCGACAAACUUGUCCGGUUACAUAAAUACAGAGUCAGAAAAUUCGGCAUUAAACUUGGACAACGUGAAAAUGAGAGUGACGCCAGAAACAGAAUUGACGUCAGAAACGGAAAUAAAUUCAACACCCGAAGUACCUGUCAUGAUCUCUGUCGCAACUUCAACUAACGAUUUACACUUACUGGAAGCAGAUGUUGAAUUGGAUGAGGAAGAACCGAGCGGAGAGUGGAACAUUCGAGAAAACAUCCUAUAUCGAGAAGAAGCCGAGGGACGGUCUAGAAGCGUAUCACCAUACACUGCAGAGAAGAAGAGCUAUGCUAAGGUGGAAGCCUCCGAGAGCGAAGUCGUUUACCAGCUGGAUGAAGAGGGUCCUGUUAGCAUAGGAUUAUGCUGCCUUUGUCCCGAGAUUUCUUUCUUCGGUGAAAGGUUCCAAUUUUAUCAGCACAGACGUCUUGAGGAGUUUUUGCGACGGAAACAAAAAUUACCUUAAAGGAGCAAGUUCGUCAUUUGUGAUACGUUUUAACCAUAUCAGUUCUUUUUCCUUUUUGUUUUACUAUUUCUUAUUUAGGUUUUUUUUUACACUGGUAACCUUUUAUUAACAGGUUUUCCCUCGAUUUGAACAUAACUUUGUACUUUGUACAUCGCACAAAAUUACUUAACAGACGGUGGCAUAGCCGCUUUGAAGAAUCAGACCAGGCGAAAAUAAUUGUCUUUUACAGCAUAAUUCAAAACUUUGAAAAAAAUAAAACAGUUUAGCAAGAUUAUAGUGUUGUUUGAUUCGGUUCCAGAAUUGUCUUCGAAAUACAAAAAAAAACUAAUGCGAGAUAUCUUUGUAGUUUAGCUUUUGGCGCAGAAUAAGUUUGUCAUGUUGAAUUCUUUCCCCAGAGCCACCUGACCCUCAUAGCCGGGGGAGCCUUGGCACGAACCUUUUCCUAGUGCCAAGCCCAUGUAGGCCAAGAGAAACAGGUGGCUCUGAGGACUAUAUUACUAGGAAAAAUUUUCGGAUGAUUUCAAUUUCAGACAAAAAAAAUUGUCCGAAAAUAAAACAGUCCGAAAUUUUUAAGCAUCCGAAAUAUUUACAGUGCAACAUGAGACUUUGAAGCUCCAAUGCUCUUAGUUUCCUUUAUGCUGGGCUUUAUGGAGCGAACUCUAGUUGAGACACUGCUGAACAUGCGUUAAGGCUUGAUAGAAUUUUUUUGUCGUUGGUGUAUUCGUAAAACCUUCAGGGUUCAGUAAAACUAUCAUUUCCACCGAUGUCGUUUCAGUCUAAUUCGAGUUUUGUAGGCGUAAAUUUGCUUUAGCUUUGUUUCAGCAAAGUUUCCGAAAUUGUUGUCCGAAAUUUGUCCGAAAUGAGAUCAAAAGUGUCCGAAAAUUUAGCGCCCGCAUUAAAACGCCCGAAAUUGUUUGCAAGUAAUGUAGUUUAUGCUUGUGUUACAUGUAAAGUUCAAUAAUGUUUCUGAACACGCGUAGAUAGAGUAGCCGACAUUUUUUUCGUAUAUUUUGCGGUCUAGUCAAGCCACAAUAGGCCCAAUAUUUCCAAAAUCUUGGGGUAAAUGGUAAACAAACUCCGUCUCCCCAGCCUCCUCCGUCUGCCUAACCAAAAACAAAAUUAACAUUAGUGUUACUGGUGCUCUGAAUUUUUCGUGCAAGCUAAUUUUCCAAAGGCUAUUACUAGUUUUGACAGCUCUACUGAGUACCUAAUCUAUCACAUUCAAGGGACAUGUCACAACACAACACAUCAAGGAACUGCCAAAACAUCUCAAAUUGCACAAAACUAAGCAUAGAGUCUAAGUUGCGCUAGCCUUUAGUGGGCAAUAUUCAUGAACAUUGUCUAAAUGAGCACACUGUGACUGGCAAUGAAAGAUUCGCUCCCA